UUUAUCUAAGGACUAUACUCGCAUUCUGUUUAUUAAACUUUUAAAGAGAUUAAGUCUUGCAUAUUAACAGAUCUAGACAUGCCAGUAUCUGUCGGACAGCGUCUGAAGUCAGGAUGGAAGUCCCUCAGUAUUGAUCGUAAGAUUUUAAUGCUCAUGUUCAAGGGUUCGAUACCGGUGGCAAUCUCGUUGUCGUUCUAUCAAAGCACUCCCGUGUCAAAAACGUUUACCUCACUAGGUUUUCUAGUUGCUAUUAUUGCAGUUGUCACAGUAAACGUGUUGCCACGUGCGAAACUGCUUGAAUUGACUUUUGGAAUAUGCUCCUUGACUGCCAUAGCUAUCCCACUAGCGAUGUUGGCAACGUGGUCGGGGUUGCAAGCCCGCUUCCACACUGACCCAAACGGCUUACAUGCGUAUAAUUCAUCGCAGAGUGCAAUCACCGCUAUCUGGCUCACUUUUCACAUCUGGGUGAGUAACAGUAUUCAAGCAAGAUUCCCGGCGCUCCUUAUUCCCACGAUAUUGUACAACAUCUUCAUGAUCGUGCAAUUCACCUCUUGCUCAGUCUUUACCACCUGGAAAGAGUGCUGGGAUCUGAUAUACCUCACGGUUCGUUGUUACUACACCGGUAUAGCCAUAUCCUUCUUUUCUGGACUCUUCUUUUACCCUACAACCUGCCGGACGGAGAUCUUUGAGGUUCAAGAGAAAUAUUUUCAUUGCACACAACGAGCUUUGAGCGAAUCCAUCAAUUAUCUAACCCAACUAUCAACAACUCCUACAUUUCCGUUGAUUUCAGGUCAAAGUUCCGGUCAGAGUGCAAGACAGAGUGACAGCAACGAUGGGGCUGAUGCGCAAGGGCGACGCGACCAAGCUGAAAAAAGUUUAAAAAAGCAAGUAUCCAGCGUUAAAGAGCUAUACACCAAGAUGCAUGAAGAGCUGGUGAUGGCGAAGCGCGAGAUUGCUUGGGGAAAGCUCCGUACCCAAGAUCUGGAUGCUAUCAGCGACUUGUGUCGACGCAUCCUAAUGCCAGUCUUUCAAGAGUAUGACAGAAUAUGGCAGAAUGCAGUUGGCUGCUUGGUUGAGCCUGCAUCUGACCUGGUCAAGGCUGUCAAUGAUGGACUUGAACAUGCCGGCCUACAAAUGGAACUCAUUCCCAGACCAGGAGCUAAGGGUUUUAUACGUCGAAUGCUUGGCACUAGAGUCAAUAAGCUAGCCGAUACCGAAUCAAAAGGCGGCGGAAAUGAGCCUGGUAGCCCCGAAUUUUCAAAGGUGCUUGAGGAAAAGCUUGAUAACUUCUCCAAGGACAGAGUUGCCUCCUUGAAUGCAUGGGUUGAUAAUGGGCAUCUCCCUGCAGAUCUGAAAACUGAUCCAAUGAAGGCGUUAUAUUCUGCUGGGAUAUCUGUGCUUGAGUUGUGCAAGUUUACCGACGAAAUAGUCGCCAAAGGUGUUAUGACCCGAAAUCGACUUAUUGUCCCCUCCUUCCGCAGAGUAUAUAAAUGGCUUCUCAGCAUCUUCGACACGACCGACCAGGCUCUAGCUGAUGACGACCGACCAGGCUCAAAGAAGGAGGUGACGCUGGUAUUUGGACAGUCUACUCGACAAACGCGUGACAUCGAACACCUUCCGCCAACUAAUGCUUACGAAAGAUUCGGGGUUAAGAUCCAAAGAUUUCAAGGAUUUCUCAAGGGGCCCGAGUUCAGCUUUGGCUUCCGAUCAGCUUGCGCUACCAUGUCGUGUGCUAUUAUCGCCUUUCUUGAACCAACGCAGACGCUGUUCAUACACUACCGCCUGAUCUGGUCCGUCAUCAUUGCAGCAAUUGGGGCGAAUAUGUCUGCCGGGCAAUCUGGCGUUUCUUACAGUCUUCGAAUCCUCGGCUCGUUUGCAGCUUUGAUUAUCUGCUAUCUAGUUUGGUACAUUCCAGACGGUCACACAGCAGGGGUCAUUGUUUUAAUGUGGUUUGCGGCUUUCCUCCAGAUGUACUUUUUGAUUAGGUGGCCCCGGUACAUCAUUGGAUGGUUAGUCGUGUUUAUUACCGAGGUUCUCUCAAUCGGCUACGAGACCCAAGUGAACAAGAUAGGCGUCGAAGCGGCAACUUCAUCGGGUGUCAUCUACUAUAAACCUUAUUCGGUUGUUGCCGUACGCGUUGCUUGCGUCUUGUGGGGGACUUGCGCUUCCAUGUUCUUCACUUACCUGCCGUAUCCCAUCACAGCUAGAGGCAUCCUGCGUAGGAAUAUGGCAGCCAUUAUGCACUUAGUUGGCAAUUACCACACAGUAGUGCACACGACCUUGAAGGCUCGACUUCGCGGGACGGAGGGGGACGUGGCUGAUAAGAAGAGCCAAGGUCACUUGCUUUCGCGGACCCGCAGAGCAAUGUUCAACAAGACCAUGGUCUUGAACUCAUCUGUCAAGCACAACGUCUACCUCCAGAAAUACGAACCUACACUGGGAGGUAAAUUCCCUGUUGUGAUUUUUUCCGACAUUAUCUCACAACUUGGAAUGCUACUAGACUAUAUUGCUCUCUUGUCAUAUUCCACUCAAGCAUGGUCAUUGCAUGGGCCUCACUCGCAAUAUUACCAUACUUCAACGCGUACACGAGAGUGGAUGGAAGAUCUUGCUAGCCUUCUUACCUCAACUAAUGUGCUAGAAGAGAGGAUCACUGUUGUUCUUUAUCAGCUUUCAGGUGCGGUUGCAACUGGCCAGCCACUGCCGAGAAGGAUCGAGCCCGGAAAACUAUAUCAGCUUUCGAAAAGAUUAUCACAGCUAGACCCUGCGAUUCUGGAUAUACGACAUAUACAGGAUCUUGGUUACUCGACCUACGCUGUUGUUGAGAUGAUUUCUAACAUGAUCAAUCAUCGGGUCAAUGUCCUUACUCAAAGCAUCGAAAACCUGGUUGGCAUCACGUAUUUCGACGUUGAUAAGAUGUAUUCCAUAGAACACGGAGAGGUUGAGGAAUAG